GUGUGUUUACUAAAUAAUUUAAGUGGUUUUUAUAUUUAAAACAAAGAAUGCCCUCUAGUAUGGAACUACCCAGUACGCCUGAUGAGCUGAUGGAACGGGAGUCUACGUCCACUGGAUGGAAAGAGCUGCUGCGGGACCAGGAAAAAUAUAAAAACAUACCGCUUUUGAACUACACGCCAAUGCACAAGCUGAAAGAUGAAACUUUGGUGCGAUUUCGUGGCAUGGUGCAGGACAUGAUUGAUCCAGAAAUGUACCUUGAGAGUUAUGAGGUUAAGGCAGCGAACGGCAGCACGCGGAUGCAGCAGGGAAAAUAUCGUGAUUGUCUGCGGUUGCACCAUGGCGAGACUGUAGACUACAGUGCCGAGUCAAAUGUACAUAGUACGCGGCGCACACUAUUUGUUGUUUCAAUUCCGGGCCUCAAUGAAUGGGUCAAAGAGCACGAAAAGCAGUGUAAUGUAGAGCCUCAUAUGGAUUCAUCGUUGACAUCAGGUGUUGCCCGAAAGCGAGCCGCCGAUGAGGGAGACAAUAUCGAAAUGGAUGUGGAUAUACCCAGUGAGGCUUGCAAAAGGCAAUGCACUACACAGCUGAAGGAUGUGAGCUCAUCUGGGGAGCAGACAGCCCCAGUGUUGAGUACGGAAUAUUUUCUGAAUUCGCCGUUACCAAGUCGUCCAAGCAUGGCUUGUAUGGUGAAGAUUUACGAGGAUUUUGAUGCAAUCCCACUCAAUACAAUAGUGGAUUUUGUUGGUUUUUUGUCAGUGAAUCCCGCAUUAGAUGCAACGACACUGGAUGUCAAUAACGAUAUUGAAAAUAUGCAGGAACUUCAAGCACUUAACCCGCCGCCAUCUAUAAUACCUCGCUUGCAUGCUUUUGGAUUGCGUCUUUUGUCGCAUGCCAAUCCUCUGUUGGAUCUAAGUCUACUGCAGCCUACAGACAUUCACUUAAACAUCCCGCCAAAAUCACAAGAAACAGUGCACAAGGAGAUGCGCAUUUUAUUUAAACUUUGUUUGUUCGAUGAUGACCUAGCCGCCGAGUAUUUAAUCUCGCAUCUUAUUUCGACAGUUUACAGCCGCGCUCAAAUGCAAAGCAUAGGUAAAUUUUCUCUUAACAUAUGCAAUUUACCCACGGAGGGCUUGCAGGAAUACACAAUAAAACUAUACAAGAUAAUGGAGCUACUGCUACCAGCUAGCCAUUACAUACCUAUGACGCUGGACACUAUGAACACAUCUGCAUUUGCGCCAAUAAAGGACUAUGACACAAAUAAGCUGGUAUCUGGAAUGCUGCAAUUGGCACCCCAUACACACCUUGUCCUUGACGAGACACGCAUGCAACCGGGAAAAUUAGAGAGCAGUGGAGUGCUGGGCAUGCAGCAUCUGUCACAUUUAAUCAAAAAUCAGCAGUUGAAGUGUGACUUUAAGUUUUUCCACCUAGACUACAAUGUCGAUAUACCCGUAAUGAUUCUAAGUGAGGGCCGCAGCAUGCUGCCUUGUGAUUUUUGCUUGCCGGUUAAUGCCGAUGCCAAAUCUGUGGAGAUGUUUGAGGAAUCUUUCAAAGCUGCCUUACACUAUUUAAACCCUGAUCGUUUGCUGCAAUUUCGAAACUAUCUGACCCAGGCGCGAAUCAGUCAAUUUAAUGUCAGUGAUGACCAUACCACCAUGAUACAGGAAGAUUUCGUCGAGAUGCGGAAGUCGAAUGCGAAGAGCAAUGCCGAUGACUUGCAUGGGUUAUUGGUGCUCUCUCGCCUACUAGGUAUCGCGCGCGGCAAAGCUGAUCUGGACAAGGAAACUUGGCAAUUGGCUACAGAAUUUGAGACGAAGCGACGCCAGCGCUUGCAGGCACUGCCUAAAUCAUCGGCCCAAACGCACACUUAAAUGUAAGAAGUAAUGUAAAUGCCUCCGCUAUAGGAUAUAACAACAAAGAAUACUACAUAUAUACAUACCGAUAAUUUUUUCUGUCUGGCUGUUUUAUUUCCGCGAAAUCAAACUAUUCAACAUAUGUAAAUAUGUACAAUUGAUGUUGAUUGUCG